GUUCAGGGGGUGAGGAGCGCAGCCCGGGCGGCCAGGCAGGAGCAUGGGCUGGGAGGGCCCUGGACACCCGGGCCGCCGGCCCCGGCACCUGCUGCCUCUGGCUGUGGGCCUCCUCCUCCUCUGUGGCCCAGCUGAGACCACGACCAGAACCUCUGCUCCUGGAAGAGAGAACAAUCUGACUGUCACCAGCAGGGCAACAGGUGAUGCUCAGGUGUCCUCACCCCACCCAGGGCACAGCACCAGCAUGGCUGCCCCGGGGAGCUCUGAGCACCCCAGAGCACCCCUUCCCAGCACCCCAACAGCCAUGUCACAGACCCAGGCAGGCUCAGUUCAGUCCACUGGUGAACCCCAGCACGCUCGGUGGACAGAGACAAAUCCUGGAGUGGCAUCAAACAUCAUGGAAACCGCCGUCAGCCCUUCUCCUCCUGUGGAAGUCCCUGGGCUCUCCACACUGAAGAGCAGCACCCCCAAAGGAACUUCACCCAGAGAAGCCAUGGAAGCCAGAGGUGACCCCAUCACCCACUGGCAGACUGUCCCCACCGGGGUCACGGUGACAGGAAGCAGCAGCACAGGGAGUAGCGGGGUCACAACCGGUCCCCCCCCAGAAAGCACUGCUUCAUCUGAGACGCCCACAGGUGUGAGUCAGACCAUGAAAAGUGCCCCUGUCACCUCUCCAUCUGAGACGGGGACAGCUGCUGGUUCAAGUACAACAGGAGGGACUCACUCAUCACCUGAGAUGCUUUCUCCUACUUAUCCUGAGACCUCAGCUAGGGCGACCCCGGAUUCCAGGGAGCCGACGAGCCCAGGACUGAAUCCGUCCAACGCUAGACGUCCCUCGGCCUCCCCUGAACCCGGUUCUGAGGGAGACGCCACGCCAGCCUCCCGUGUAUCUCCGCCGUUGCCUGCUCCAGAUCUGGGCGAUCAAGGGUCAGCCUCCAGCACUUUCUCAGCACAGACAGUGACCUCUUCUCUGUCCGCAGGGACCCCUUUUCCCAUGACACCAAGAAAUACAGCUGCAGGUGCUUCUGGGAGAGUCACAACUUUGACCUCUGCCCUGGCCCAUCCCUCUCCCUCAGGGGAAGGGACAGUGGGGAGGGUGCUCGCCCCCAGCACCUCCCCAGAAGCCCCAGACAUACCCAGGACACUGGCGUCAGAGCCGUCAGGUGGCCCCACAACCCUCAGCAUCACCAGCGUUUCCAGAAUGAGAACUUCCCUUUCUCCAUCGCCCUCCCCUGCCUCAGAAGAGACCAACACAGACUCAGCGGGCCCUGAGUUUCCUGCAGCUAAUCGGUCAUCUCGGGCCUCCGCCUUUUCUUCCGCGGCAGCGAGGUCACAGACCCACGAGAGCGCGGUUAAUGAUCCCCCUGCCCUUCGCAACAGCGCCCGGCCGGAGACCAGUCCCAAAUUUGAGACAAAGUCCCCUUCCGCACGAAGCUCUCUUCCAGCCGCUGCCACUCCCCCUGCUGCUACCAGUAUGGUUCCUAGAACCAGUCCCCUAAACACUGGCUCCGUGGAAGGAAUGUCUCCGAGGGAACCUUCAACGGCCACGCUCACAACACACAACACGGGAGGCCCAGCCACUGACGGUGCUUCCAACAGGGUCCAUCCCACAAGGGGACACGGCGGCCACCUAAAGUUGGGAACUACGCACCUGCCCUCUGGAACCACAUCCCCCACUGAGACGUCCAUGGAUGCAGCCUUGGCCACGGACAGGGUCCCAGUCUCAGCAACCGCGUCUCAGUCCCUGGCUGCUGCCAGCACCGUGGGGAAGACAAGCCACUCGCCUGGUACGUCGUCUGACGCCCUCUAUCCUGUGCCGUCUGCAGGGAUGACGGUUUCUGGCGAUGAGACCAGCCCACCUCUCACUCCAGAAACAGCCACAAUUCACUCACCUCCGGAGCCCGGCUCUACGAGAAGUGGCUGGCCCAGCCUUCCGGCUUCUUCUCCUUCUGCUCCUGCUGCCGAAGCCGCAGUGACCACCACGUCUGUACCCCAGAGUAGCACCCCCGCAGGCAUGCUAACAGGUAUAUGGGACCCGCCCAGCUUACCUUCCGCGACGUCCUCAUCACCUAGGGAGCCCCCAGCCGGCCCCGAUGCAGGGAGACGCGCCACCGUUGCCCGGGGUACGUCAGCCCCAUCAGUGGGGUUGUCAGAAGAGAGAGUCCCUGCCUCCAGCACCCACCCGGAGUCAACAGACUCAUCCGGCUUCAGCCCCGGAGCACGCACCAGUUCAGAGCGUCCCGGCACGGUGGUGGAAACUGGCUCUUACCCACCCCUCACCGCUCCCCCUGUGAAGACCACCACCACUGUAGCAGUAGCAGAAAUGGACACUGAGGAGACCUCUUACUCUUCUGGAUUACCCCCUGAGGUGUCCGUUCCUGGAAAGACCAGCACCAGUGGUACCACAUACAUCACCUCUCCGGAUCCCAGCACGACACGUUCAGCUCAGGUCUCCUCCUCCCGCCCAGUGAAGGAGCUCAGAACCACAGGCACCUACAGAACAACAGAGUCCCCCAGCCCAGCUACUCGCCCCGAAGGCCCUAAAAUCCCGAGGAUGCCGGGUCCUGCUAGCCCAGCCCCAGGAGCAUGGACCAGCACAGAGACAGCUGAACAUGCCACUGGAUCCCAGGGCACAGAUCCGGCAGAAAAGUCCCCUGGAUUCAGGACUCAGUCCACCCCACGACCCGCGUCUGUGGCGGCCUCUGUCUCCCCUGCCUCUGGAAACAGCGCAUGGGAACUGCCCUCUGAUGCCUCAGGUGAGUCCUUGACCAGUAAGGAGAACACAGUCACUUCUUGGCUGUGGGCUCUCACUACGUCUCUCCCCGUGGUCACGUGGCUGAGUACCAGCUCGACAGAGGACGCAGCCUCAGCUGCCCCUGAUGCCUCAAGUCCGAGUCUAUCCAAGACAACGUUGGUUACGUCUACACCUGUAAGUUCCCGUGAACUUUCAAGUCCGGGGGUAGACAGCAGUGCUUUCCAAAAAAAAGAUUUGACCACCGUGGGCCAGCACCGAGGAGCGGGUACAGCCACAGCCUCCCACCGGCUCACCCUGGGCCCAGAAACAGAUGCAACCACCUCACUGAUUUAUUCACCCUCAGAUAUUUCAACUAGAGGUAUCACAGCCUGGGGGACAAGAGGCAACAUCAAUGGGUCUGAAUCCAGACCUUCGGGCCCCCCCAGCACAGAAGCCGGACAGAGCUCCUCUCCACCCCUCCCCAUUAGUCCUCCAUCAAUAGAGCCCACGUCCCCAGCGGCACUCACUGCUUUGACAUCCAAGACAGGACUCGCACCAUCAGAGGCAGCAAGCCUGGUCAGCUCUGUGCCCGAAGAUGAGCCAAGCUCACCUCCCCAGUGGUCUACACAGGCUCCGCGUCUCGCUUCCAGCUCCGUGGAAACCAGCGGAGCGGUGACUCGGACAUCUGACCGUGGAAAAACCACGGUCGAUCUGGGAAUAAGUUUAGUCGCCAAAGGGAAUUCAUCUCUGUCUUUAACUCCAAGCACUCCUGGAAGGCAAAGCGGCCCCUGGUCAGCAUCAUCACUGACUAUAAGGAGAGCUGGGCCAGGAUCCUCUUCUUUGGCCUCUUCUGUGCCCCCCGAGGUGGCUGCCGCAUUGGGCAUUUCCCCCACAAUGGGGGAAACUGCUUCCUCUUUGGCCUCUGUACUGCUGGGCACGAGAUCUUCCCCGUCUCCCCCCGUGGCCACGUCUUCCGUGGGCACUGGCGAGGAUGCAGGGACAAGCUCCACCGUGCCGCAGUCCCGCUCAUCCUCUGGAGGGGGAAUAAAUUCCUCUAUUUACACAUCCCCCACCAUUAGCAACAGUCCUGAUGCUUCCGAUCUGUCUGCCACAGCCCUGACCCCGGCCUCUCCCUUAGAUCCCACAGCUUCGACCUGGGUCUCCUUCUCACCAUUUACCCGCAUUCUGGCACGGACUAGGCACCCUUCUCCCAGGACUAGAAACGGGGGGCUAGAGCACGGCAGCCUGGGAGCAGAGACUGAGCCGGCCGGAACUUCGUCAGGAGCGUUAACCUCUUCUGGAGCCGAGACAGAGCCCCCCCGGACACCCACCUUUGCAUUGUCAGAGGCCCCACCCCGCAGAGGCACUGACGGGACUGUGGUGUCCAUUACUAACUUGCCCACACAUGAAAGUUCCUCAGGGCUGAACAGUGAUCCUUCGACACCUGUGACAGUGGUCGACCCUGAAGGUAUGAUAGCUGCUGCUUAACUUUGUCUUUCGAGAAACCAUGUUUUCUGUUCUGUGGUAAACUGUGCUUUUGUUAGAACUAGUCUGA